AUGGCGUAUCUACGGGAAAUAUACGGCGAUGCGAGCUGGGAAAUAUCUCAUGAUUUAAGAUAUUUCCGGGUUCAGGAACAAAGGCCAAUGCAAGUAGUGGUUCCAUUGACAUCCAGUCCUCACCAUGUAGAACUCAAUGUACAACUGGAACCAAAUGCCAGAUAUGCCCUAAUGGGUUUAGUCAAGGAAAUAAACAAUAACAACGAAAUUGCUCAUGAAGUCAGCUCUAUAAAUUCCAAGGCAAAUCAUAGAGGUCAAAAUUCUCUCAACACCCACAAAUCCCUUCCAACACUUUUGAACUAUUUCUCUCAAAACCCCAACAUGUUUUUCCUUUUUGUUCCAGUGAUGGUUCUGUACGGUGUUGACAAAGCAACAGCGCACAUUCAGCAUUUGAUCAAAUGGAUCAUGGACUGUUACUCGGAAUCGUGGAAGCUCAUACUCUGCUGCCAAAAUGACACCCGCGUCAUUGAAUCGGUGAAAAACCGGUGCAUGGUCAUCAAGGUUGAUGCUCCUGCGACUCAUGAAAUUAUGGAAGUUCUUAUUCAGAUAGCCAGCAAGGAGGACUUUGACCUACCUAUGAGCUUUGCUAGUAAGAUUGCAAAUGAAUCAAAGCAGAAUCUGAGAGAAGCAAUCAUGGGUCUUGAAGCAUGCAAAGCACACAACUAUCCUUUUGAAGAUGAACAACCAAUUCCACUUGGAUGGGAAGAGGUGCUGCUUGAACUCGCUUCAGAAAUCCUAGCCGAUCCGUCACCCAAGAGAUUAUUUUUCAUCCGGGGAAAGUUUCAAAAGCUUCUUAUAGAUUUUGUCCAUCCGAAACUGAUUCUACUGAAGCUCGUGGAACAGUUCCUAAAGGGAGUAGCAUCUAGUUCUAAGAGGGAACUCUAUUACUGGCAUGCUUACUACGAGAAAAGACUCCCCGCAGGGGCGAGUGCAUUACUGAAACUAGAAGAAUUUGUGGCCAAGUUCAUGAGCAUACACCGGAAGAGUUCCAACCACCGGGAGUACGUGUAG